AUCCACUGUGGGAGGCACGUUUACCUUGACUUUUGGUUUGUAAGAGCAACUGACAGUGCUCAAUAGAUGUGGACCACGGAGAUACAGUAAUGGAUUAUUUACAAGAAGAACGAGAAAGAGGAAUAACUAUCAAUGCUGCGGCAAUUAGUUUUCAGUGGAAAGGUUACUUUAUGAAUUUGAUUGACACUCCUGGUCAUGUGGAUUUCACUAUGGAAGUUGAACGCUCUCUUCGGGUUUUGGAUGGUGCCAUUAUUGUAUUAGAUGCAGUUGCUGGUGUCCAGGCUCACACAGAAAAUGUUUGGAAGCAAGCCGUUCGUUAUCAUUUACCUGUUAUCGUAUUUGUAAACAAGAUGGAUCGCAUAGGUGCCCAUUUUGGAAAAGCUUCUCAAAGCUUAAAGAAACUUGAAGCAAUUCCUAUACACUUGCAGACUCCAAUUAUUCUGAAUAACGAGUUUCAAGGUUUAGUUGAUCUUGUACGAAUGCAUGCAAUUACUUAUCAAGAUGAGUUGGGAAAGGAACUUCUUUCCAUUCCUUGGAACCAAUGGAACGAAACCAUUGAACGACAUCCAAAUGACUUGAAGCAACUACAUGAACAAGUAACUAAAGAAAGAAAGUAUUUGUUGGAAACGUUAGCUGACCAUGAUGAUAUAUUUAUGGACAUCUAUCUACAACAUCUUGAACAGCCUAAUAAGAACCCGUUGUCAGAGGAAGCUAUCCAAAAGGCUAUACGCAGAGUUACUUUGCAACGAAAAUUGGUACCCGUCUUAUGUGGAGCUUCUUUAAGAAAUCGAGGUGUACAAUGUCUUUUGGAUGCAGUCGUAUCCUAUCUUCCUUCUCCUAUGGAAAGACCUUCCAUAGUUGGCAUUAAUCAACAAGGAAAGAGGAUAGAAAGAGUUUGUUCUCAAAAUGGUCCCUUCCUUGCUUUAGCGUUCAAAGUGACUUUUGACUUGCAUCGAGGACCACUUGUGUUUCUAAGAGUGUUUUCAGGUAGAAAACGAGCAAAAACAGUUGUGAAGAACGUAAAUCAACAGCAGAAUGAAACUCCAAGUAGUUACCUUUUGAUAUCUGCAGAUGAUGUUUCCAUUCAAGUUCCAGAAAUUGUUGCUGGUGGAGUAUAUGCUGCUGUGGGACUGAAAGAGACUGCUAGUGGAGAUACUCUAGUCGAUAUUCAUGAUGAAGAUGCCUUGCUAUUACAAGGUAUGCAUGUUCCGUCACCAGUUUUCUAUGUUUCCGUGGAAGCAGAGUCGACCAGACAUGAAAGAGCAUUACAAGAAGCAUUGAAAAUAUUGACGAGAGAGGAUCCUUCUCUGGCUUUCAGAUUGGAUGAAAAUACUGGUCAGACUGUGCUUGGUGGUCUUGGUGAACUUCAUUUGGAAAUUGUCAAGCACCGACUAAUAAGAGACCUCAAAGUUCCCGCAGUCAUUGGUCCUCCAAAAGUAGCAUUUCGAGAAACAAUUACAGAAAGUGUCACGCAUAAAUGUAUUUACAACAAACAUUUUGGAGGUCAACAUUUGUAUGCAGAGAUAUGUCUUAGUAUGGAACCGUUAGAAAGAGGUCAAGGCAACAUGUUUUCUAUUGGAAGCAAAUUGAGAAAGCAAUUGUUAUCUGAAGGCUCCUUGAAGGAACAUGAAAUGGAACAAAUACUACAACGGAAUAAUAACCAGAAAAAGAAAUCCAAGAAAUCAGGCUCAUCAUCACAUUUAGAACAGUCGAUUUUGGAAGUAGUGAUGGAAGGUUUUGAAAAUUCCCUUACUAGAGGAAUAUUAUCUGCCAAGCAAGUAGUAGAUGUUCAUGUUACUUUGUUAGAAAUGAAGCCUUAUUCAUCCUCAGAAAUGAAUGCUCUCACCUCUUUACGUGCUUGUGCCGUACAUUCCAUUCAAGAAACUUUAUUUCAAGCAAAACCUCGUUUAUUGGAGCCCGUUAUGAGAGUUGUGAUUCAUUUGCCUAGUCAAUAUGUUGGAGCCGUUAUUGCAGAUCUUACUGGUAACAUUAGACGCGGUUCUGUAGUUUCUCUUACAAAUGAAGAAAAUUCAUUCUAUGAGAAUUCAGAGCACUUGAACAAAGUUAUCGAUGCUCGUGUUCCAUUGAGAAGCCUGUUAGGUUACUCUACUGAUAUUCGAACGAUAACUCAAGGAAAUGCCUCCUUCACGAUGGACUUGUACGGUUAUGAUUUUCCUUCCCAUGAAGCAGAAAUGGAGGUAUUAAAAGAGGAAGGCUUUAUGGGAUCUUUAUAGUCCAAAUCCAGUCAUCCAAUGCAUCCA